CUUUGUCUCCCUAGUUGCGAUGUUUACACACCGCACCGGGCGCUCACUCAUUUGAGGCCGAGCUAACGCUAGUGUCGCUGGCACACGGCGACACAAUAGCGACGACAGCGAGUGGCACCAGCACACGGGAGUGGCAACUACAGCAGCAGCAGUCGAAAGUGGCAACUGCCGCCGGCGGCAACGGUGGCAACCGCAGUGGGCAACUGUCGGUGGCAGCCAACAGCAGGGGACCAACAGCGGCAGUGGCACUAACACGCGCACAUGGCCACGGGCCAACGUCAGUUGAAACGGCGGUUUGAAGAACACUGCCAGCAAGAAGUGACAACAGACGGGGCCAAGACAACAUCAAGGGAAGAAGAAGCAGAAAAACAGUGACAACAACAACGGGCAGCAGCGGCGGCGGCGGUGGUGGUAACAACAGCAGCAAACAACCGCGAGAGAGAACCCCGAAAAGCGUCGGGCACGCGACGCAGUGACAACAGCGGCACCGCGAGGCGGCGCUGCCGACCGUCGGCGCCCCCAAGGCUCGGGGCCCUUGGCCGACGCCGCCGCUGAUGUCGGCCGCGCUCGCGCCUCGGCCUCCAGCCCCGGGAAGAUGGCGAAGGCGGAGGGCGACGUGGGCCCGCACCUCAGGGGCUCCGUGCUGCCCGCCACCGUGGAGAUGGUCGUGAACGAGGUGCUCGUGGUGUCCGUGACGCUCGGCGCGAGGACCUUCUCCGGAGUGCUUAUGGACGUGGCGAAGAGGGUCGGCCCAUGUGAAGGGUAUGAUGCAUUAUUCCCAAAGGGUGAGCAGCGCCCAUCCGAGCUUAUUUUACUGCCUCAGCCUCAGGCUUCGGCGCAGCCACCAGACUCUCCAGUAGCAGAUGCAGCUCAACCCAAAGAGGCGCCAGAAAUGGAGCAGACUCAUCUGCAGGACUCGGUGGUGAAACAUGGCCAACCUCAUGCGUUCAAUCUUCCUUCUUCCUUACCGUGGUGUCCAACUGCCAAUGCUGUGGGAAAUGGGGUUCUGCUAUAUCAUGAGAGCCACCCACUUCCUUCGCCACUCAUGCUGCGACAGUCGUACGGCCAAUUUCUUGUGCCUCAGCCACCUCCACGCCGCAUCAAGCGUGUCAAACGGCGAACUGCGCGCAAUGACCCAAGCAAGCUCAUUGUGAGCUCCAUCACUCUGCGGCCACGUCGUGUCCUCUGUGAAAAGUGCAAGAGCUGCAUCACUUCUGAAAAGCCAAGUGGCGGACAUGGUACUAGCAAAUCCAAAGCAGACUCUGGGCGUCGUAACAGCGCUCCAUGUGACUUGAUUGUGGAUGAUAAGCUGCGGAAACGCCGACCAGAAGAUAUGGACCCGACAGUCAAGAGAAUGCGGAGAGACUGCAAGACGAACAAUGAUGGCUUUGAAUCAGACGUAGUGCACAGGAGUCCUGUAAUUAAAAUCUCUUACAAUACCCCACAAGGAAAAGGUGAGGUGGUUAAAAUUCCUUCAAAAGUGCACAGUGCUAACACUUUUGGACAUAAAAAAGGGCAGCAACAGCAGCAAAAUGGUAAGGGUAGUCCAAAUGAGGGUGAAAAAUGGAGACCUACAACACCCACAACAUCUGAUAUUCCUGCAGCAAUUCCUAAACUGAGAAUCACAAGGCCUACACAACACCACCGACAUCCAGCAAAUGCUGCGUUAACAACGCCAAAAAUCAGACUUAGACCACGUGGUCCCAAGAAUGGGGACAGUGUAGCAGUGUACACAGCUGAGCUAGUUGGCGACAGAGCUGUUGUGACGGACUCCCCGCCUUCCGAAGUGGAUUCAUUAGUGCGAUCUAAAUCUGACAGUGUUUGUGGAGAGGAGUCUGAUGGAGGGAGGUUCAUUCACUUGAGGAUAAAGCGACGAUCGGCUGCGACAGAAAGCGACAGAGAGACGUCACCCAGAAUUGGCGCCUCCGAUUUGUCUGAGGACUCGGCAAGUGGUAACGAAAGCGAGAAUGAAUCACAUUCGGCAUCUCACUCGGAUGGCGCUUCGUCAGACGAGUUCCCACCUGAGGGUGUUAUGGUUGGACAUGGUGAAAGAGAGGGCGGAAGGCAGCAGAGAGCUGUGCCACCACUCACGGUGAGAGUGCGCACUGCCGAUUCAGCCAUAACAGAGUGCUUUACACCAGAUGGACGAAAGGUACACGUUGGAGACGUUGUUUGGGCCAAAAUCCAUGGCUUUCCCUGGUGGCCUGCCUGUGUUUUGGGCUUAAGCCCAGAGCUUGGGCCAGGCGGACAGCAGGAGAGCGGCGAGGCACUUGUUUCAUGGUUUGGCUCGCACACCACCUCGGCUGUCUCCCUUGCCAAGCUGGCACCCUUCCAAGAGAGCUUCCGAGCCCGACUUGACCGCAAGAGAAAAGGUCGCUACCGGCAGGCCGUGGCAGAAGCUGCAAGAGCUACAAAGCGACUGACUGCUGAGGUGAAGGCCUGGCUGGCUCAGUACAAGACAUGACGAGUUUCAGCGUUGAAUGACAGGAAUGGAGACUUUUUGGACAAUGGUUGAAGCAAGAUGGAAACAUUCGACUUCAUUUGGUCACAUUUGUGGGGAUUUUUGUAUUUCACAAGUACUUUAGAGCCCCAGCACCUCCUAUAAAUUCCAGCUUGCUACAUUACGAUGGGGCUGCUAAAGAGAUGCUGCUAAUUCACACAAACACUGGAGGCUUGUGGAGGGGGAUGGCUCAUGCUACACUGGUUGUGUGUGAGAAGGACCCGGAAGAAAUCAAAUGAUGACACUUAAUUCAGUUGGCAAACGGGCAAGUGUCGUCCAGUUGUAUGCAUCCAAUGGCAAAACAUCCAAAUCAUUUUUAUUGCAGCAUUCGUCCGUGAUGUUUAAGUGUACUGUCCACGUUUUUGUUCAGUUUAUUAACACAGCUCGUACAAGAAAGACAAAGCAAUGUUACGAUCAAAAUUUUUACGAGUGGCAUCUUAAGCCGCGCAUCAAUUCGCAUGGUGUGCUUUUUCAUUAGUUUCACAGGAAGUGUGGAAAAAUAAAAUUAGUGAAACAUUUCUCACUUUUUUACAAUCAUGUACAGAUACUGAUAUUGCAGAAUGUAUGUUUAAAGUGGUGAUCUUUUUGGCAUUUAAAUUGAAAAAUGCUAAGUUUAUUGUAUGUACCAAUAAUACGAAUUCAGAUGUCACAUAAGAAACCUAGGUAAUAUUUUAUUGGCAUGUUUUGAUAUUUAAAUGCUGUGCUAUAAGAAGGAGCCGAUUUAAGGGACGACCAUUUAAUCUUCCAUUAAAUUUCCACUAAUUACAUCCCGAAAAACACACCUCAGACUUAUUAUCAGACUAUUGCUGGGCUGUGCUUUCUAAAUGGUAAUAUAUUAAUUUCAUCCCGAAAAGUUAAUAGGCUGAUGCAUAUUAGUUUUUUAGUUCAUGUAAUGGUAUGCCAAAGUCUUGUCAUUAAUCCUCCACCCAACAAGAUUGUCAAGUUUACAAAGAUGUUAUGUUUUUUUUAUAACAUAUGAAUAUAUUCACAAGGGUAACAUAAAAUGUUAUUUGCUUAAAUACUACCUUUGUAUAAAAGUGACAAUGUUGUUGGCUGGUAGAGGAUUAAUAACAUUUUUGCCAUAAAACUACUGUGACCUUACAAAAAAACGAAUAUGCGUCAUUAAGUAGAUUACAAAACAUACGUUUUAAGUUAGUCAGCUGUAACUUUGACCUGAAAAGCAGUUGUUUGCGGUGUUAAUAAUCAUCAGCAGAAAGCAGUACAUUUGUGAAGUGUAUUUAUGCCACCUCUUUUAAGUGAGAAACCAUUUGGUAAUUGGUCAAUCUCUUGAGCUGGACAACUUCUUGUUGAAUAAAUGUUGCUGUUGGUACAGGAGAUUAAACAUUUGCCUAUCGAAUUGCUGGUGAAUCGUUACGCGACUGUGAAUCUUUCAGUGGCCUGGAUUGCUUCCCACUGCUUUUUUUGUAAAGUAUGCAGUUGUGAACGUAUGAACUCCAUUGAGCUAGAUACAAAUGAAAAAAAAAUAUUUGGGGAUUUUUGUUGUUGAACUCUGAUGUUGAUUGGAACUUCAGACUGGACUUUUACAUACAGUAGAGGACCACAGUGGCAUUUUUUGUAUAUGUUUAAUAAUUGUUUCACACCAUUUUCUUCACAGUGUGAUAUACUGUAAUGGUAAAACUUCUCACAAUGUAUGCUCUUUCCAACGGUGUUUAAUUUUAUUUUGAGCUGUUUGUAAUAAGGCAGUAUCCUACAAUGUUGGUUUUAGUUGAAUACUAUGUUUACGUGCUUAAUUAUUUCGUUACAACUGCUUUGUAAUCUUCCAGUUAAUGUAAUGAGCUGACACUUUUAAGUACAGUCCAUUUUUGCAUCAUUCUUUUGAAGUCUUUUUGACAGUGUUCCUUUUAAGGUGUGUUAAUCUGACAUACUGUAUCCCCAUUUAACAUCUUUUUGAGGACAUUUUAAGUAAUAUGUCACAGUGUUAAUUGGAAAUGUAUGGCUGGCUAUACAGUGUAUGGGGGGGGGGGGCGCCCUAUGAGGUUAUUUUAUGUUCAUUUGAAUAAUUUGUUUCAAAUUCAUGUUCAAGUGUUUAUAAUGUAAAAUUUUCGCGAUUUGCUAUGUUAAUGUAUUGACUAUUAAAGUACUGCCAGGGUACAAGUCCAAUGUGAUUUAUAUGCCAUUGUAUGGCAGAUUUUACUAUUGUUUGUUGCAACCACUGAUUGUGGACUGUUAUAUACUCUGCAACCAAAGCAUUGCUUUAUUUUGUGAAUUUUUUUCACGAUAAUAUAAUCUCCCCUUGACAUUGCUGUUCGUAAUGAUGCAAGUGUUGUAUGUUUUUUUAGUCUUUCUCAAUGUGAGAAUCGACUACAUCGGUAUGAUGUCAGGCUGAAUGCGGUACUUGCUGAUAGAUGCUGAGACAAGACAAGCACCUUUGUUACCGUGGCGACAGCUCAUCAAUGAUCUAAACAUAGGUAUAGAGGUGUACGAAGCUGAGGGCUAUCGCAGACGGUGUGACACACUGCGGAGGAGGAGUCGGUUUAAACGCAAAGCUAAAAAUACGAAACAAUGCACAAGUUAAUCGAUGGCUUUGUGAUAUUUUUCUAGUUUCUAUUUAAAGAGAGCCCUUGACAGUACGAAAGCAUUGUAAAAAAAAAAUCCUCAGUAAUAUGCAACAUGCCAACGUUUGGUAAGUCAGAUAGGGCCAUAGGAGGAUCACUGUCUGUAGCGUUGUUAUCUGUAAAUGGUUACAAGUAUUUUAAGUUAUACAACUGUAUAUCAAUUAAAAAGGCAGAAUAUGACUAGUGUUCGCAUACCACUAUCAAGCCUCUGUUUUGCUUUUAAUAUACACUACUGCAGUUCACAUUACAUGCACUAAAGGCAGCAAUGGUAAUAUCUAUUUUUCUUUUGUCAGAAGGUUUUCACUAAAAACACUGGUUUAAAAUGUUUUUUUUUCCCGUACCAAUCAAUCUUGUUUCGGUUGAACUGUACAUAUAAUGAAUGCUUCAUUUGCAAGUACUGGGAACCAAGAAUAAACACUUCCACCUUCUGGCUAA